AUGGUUCGAAAAAAAUCAAUUUUAUCAAGAGCUAAAACACGAAAAGAAGCCUACAAACGACGACAACAGAUUCAUUCACGUGUUAGUCGUUCAUGGCGAAUUUUAGUUUUAACUAUAAAAGCUGUCAAAAGAUUUUCAAGUUUUAAACACAAAGUCUCACCUGUCUCGUGUGUGCCAAGAUUACUUAGCAUGUCAGAAACGGAGUCAAUCCAUUCAUAUUGUGUUAGUUUUUGUAAUAAUAUAAAGAUACAAGGUAACUUUUCUGAUUCAAAUCAAGUAACCGAGCAAUUUGAUGAUUUAAAUAUAGUCGAGAAUAUUGUUAGAAAACUUGUAUCAAAAGUUUGCCGUCUAGAUAAUGAACGAAAAAGACAAUCAAAAAAUCGAAAAUCUAAAAAAGAAAAAGGAGAUAUUCUUAGUAAUGAAGAACUAAUCGCAAAACUUCGUAGUCACAGCAAUUGGUUCAAGGAAAACAAUUCUCAUAAUGUUUUAUUUAAUGAACAAAAAUCUGAACGUGCAAGAAAAUAUUAUAAAAAUAAAUAUCAAAAUAACAAUGAUUUUCGUAAUAAAGAAAAGGUUCGGACAAAAUCACAUAUUUCAAUAAAAUAUCACAAUAAUUCUAAUUUUCGUGAAAAGACGAUAUCACGAUCAAAGAUUCAUUGUUUUGAUAAAUAUCAUAAAGAUAAAGUUUUUCGUCACAAAGUUAAAGCACGAUCAAAAAGUAUUUUUUUUAAUAAAUAUCAUUAUUGUACAGACUUUCGUAACAAAGUUAAAACACAAUCAAACAUUCAUAUUUUAAAUAAAUAUCACACUAACUCUGAUUUUCGAAACAAAUAUAAAGCAAACAUGAAAAGUCAAGUUUUGAAAAGAUAUUAUACUGACAAUUCUAUUCGACUGAAAAUGAUUCAGAGAGCUUCGAAUUGGUAUCGAAAUAACAAUACAUUAAUAAAACAAAAUUCAAGACGAAUUUAUAAUCAAGGUAGACGUAUUUUGAAAAAAUAUACUGUUCGUCAAAGUUAUAAAUGUGCAGUUAAACAUAGAAAUUUAUACAUGAAUAACUUCAAUAGAUUUCAAGAAAUAAUUCAAGAAGGACCUGAUUAUAUUUGUAUAUCUUGUCGACUAGCACUUUUUCGUAAUCAGGUUAUACCAUUUGUUAAAGAAAAAUAUAUAAAACACAACAUGUCAUAUGAAACAAAGGAACAGAUUCAAUCUUACUUUAUGUAUUCAUCGUCAAGAGAACUAAAAUGGAUUUGUAAAUCAUGUUCAGACAAAAUAAAGAAACGACAAAUGCCAAGCCGAGCAAUCGUGAAUAAGUUGAAAGUGUGUGACGUUCCGUCUGAAUUAAANCUCGAAAGCACUUUCAUCGAACGGUGA